AGAAAGAGUUUAAGGUGGUUGAAACAAAGGAAGCUUAGCUUGUAGGCAAUGGAGACUCUGCAACCAACAGCAGUUCUCUUAUUAGGUGGCAAAAGACAUACAAGAAAGUGAUACAUAUUCUACCAUUAAUUAUAUAUAUCUAUGAAUAUUCUUUAUAAAGAAAUUAAACCCUCACAAUCUAUAUAUAUAUUCCAUCACUUCAACCUCUACAUUAUUCAUUACUCCUCCAAAAACACCACCAUCAUCACCGCCACUGCUGCCGCCACCCUCCGCCACCAAUGGAAGCCAGUGCGGGGCUCGUUGCCGGUUCUCACAACCGGAACGAGCUUGUUGUCAUCCACGGCCACGAAGAGCCCAAGACUUUGAAAAAUUUGAGCGGUCAAGAUUGCGAGAUUUGUGGCGACGAGGUCGGCCUAACAGUAGACGGCGAACUCUUUGUGGCGUGCAAUGAAUGCGGUUUUCCGGUGUGUCGACCGUGUUACGAGUACGAGAGGAGAGAGGGAAACCAACUUUGCCCCCAAUGCAAAACCCGAUUCAAGCGCCUCAAAGGGAGUCCACGAGUUGAGGGAGAUGAAGAUGAAGAAGAUAUAGACGACAUUGAACACGAAUUCAACAUUGAUGAGCAGAAAAAGAACACAAAUAUUGCAGAAGCAAUGCUUCAUGGAAAGAUGAGUUACGGAAGAGGACCGGAAGACGAGGAAAAUAUUCAUUUACCUGUUAUAGCCGGCGGUCGCUCCCGCCAUGUUAGCGGAGAAAUCACGAUUUCAAGUCAUGCUUACGGAGACCAAAUGACGGGUGCCUCUUUGCAUAAGAGGGUGCAUCCUUAUUCCGGCACCGAUGAUCCUGGAAGUGCGAAAUGGGACGAGAAGAAAGAUAUGGGAUGGAAAGAUCGGAUGGAUGAUUGGAAAAUGCAGCAGGGUAAUUUGGGUCCCGAGCAUGACGAUUUCGUUGACCCUGACAUGGGCAUUGUGGACGAAGCAAGACAGCCGUUAUCGAGAAAAGUGCCGAUCGCAUCAAGCAAAAUCAACCCUUACCGAAUGGUGAUCGUGGCUCGUCUCUUUGUGCUGGCGAUCUUCCUCCGCUACCGAAUCUUGAACCCCGUGCACGACGCGUUUGGCCUCUGGCUCACUUCGAUCAUAUGCGAAAUCUGGUUCGCCUUCUCGUGGAUCCUCGAUCAGUUCCCCAAAUGGUUCCCCAUCGAUCGCGAAACUUAUCUCGAUCGCCUUUCCCUCAGGUACGAGAGAGAAGGUGAGCCAAACAUGCUAGCACCGGUGGAUAUAUUCGUCAGUACAGUGGACCCCAUGAAGGAACCGCCACUCGUUACAGCUAACACUCUGCUCUCAAUACUGGCGGUUGACUACCCUGUUGAUAAAAUCUCGUGCUAUAUAUCUGACGACGGGGCUUCGAUGUGUACAUUCGAAGCACUGUCUGAAACAGCAGAAUUUUCUCGAAAAUGGGUUCCCUUCUGUAAGAAAUUCACCAUAGAGCCGCGGGCCCCGGAGAUGUACUUCUCCGAGAAGGUUGACUAUCUCAAGGACAAAGUGCAGCCAACUUUCGUCAAGGAACGAAGAGCAAUGAAGAGAGAAUACGAAGAGUUCAAGAUUCGAAUAAACGCAAUGGUUGCUAAAGCGACGAAAGUACCUCCCGGAGGGUGGAUAAUGCAGGACGGUACACCGUGGCCCGGUAAUAACACGAAAGAUCAUCCCGGUAUGAUUCAAGUGUUUUUAGGACAAAGUGGAGGUCUUGACGUUGAAGGAAACGAGCUUCCUCGACUCGUUUAUGUUUCUCGUGAGAAGAGGCCGAGUUUCCAGCAUCAUAAAAAAGCUGGUGCAAUGAAUGCUCUGGUUCGUGUUGCGGGGGUUCUUACGAAUGCUCCGUUCAUGCUGAACUUGGACUGCGAUCAUUACAUAAACAACAGCAAGGCAGUGAGAGAGGCCAUGUGCUUCUUGAUGGACCCACAAGUUGGGAAGAAGGUGUGCUACGUGCAGUUCCCUCAGAGAUUCGAUGGAAUCGACAGACACGAUCGAUACGCCAAUAGAAACACCGUUUUCUUCGAUAUAAACAUGAAAGGUCUAGACGGGAUUCAAGGUCCGGUCUAUGUCGGAACAGGAUGCGUAUUUCGAAGACAAGCCUUGUAUGGAUACGAACCACCCAAGGGGCGAAAGCGUCCAAAAAUGGUGAGCUGCGACUGCUGCCCGUGUUUCGGUCGCCGCAAAAAUCUCCCAAAAUACGCUAAAGACGGUACAAACGUCGGAGGAUUUGAAGACGAUAAGGAGAUUUUGAAGUCACAAAUGAACUUCGAAAAGAAAUUCGGACAAUCAUCGAUAUUCGUGACGUCAACCUUAAUGAUCGAAGGUGGCGUCCCGCCUUCUUCAAGUCCAGCAGCUCUGCUCAAGGAAGCCAUUCACGUCAUAAGCUGUGGAUACGAAGACAAGACCGAAUGGGGCACAGAGUUGGGUUGGAUUUACGGUUCCAUCACGGAAGAUAUCUUGACGGGUUUCAAAAUGCACUGCCGUGGAUGGAGGUCGAUUUACUGCAUGCCUAAAAGACCCGCUUUUAAAGGAUCCGCCCCGAUUAAUCUGUCGGAUCGUCUUAACCAAGUGCUGAGGUGGGCUUUGGGCUCCGUCGAAAUCUUUUUCAGCCAUCACAGCCCUCUUUGCUAUGGUUACAAACAAGGGAAACUCAAAUGGCUCGAGCGGCUAUCGUACAUUAAUACCACUGUUUAUCCAUUCACCUCUCUCCCGCUUCUCGCCUACUGUACUCUCCCAGCCAUCUGUUUACUCACUGGAAAAUUCAUAAUGCCAGAGAUAAGUACAUUUGCGAGUCUAUUCUUCAUUGCUCUGUUCCUCUCGAUUUUCAUAACGGGCAUUCUCGAACUACGGUGGAGCGGAGUGAGCAUCGAGGAAUGGUGGAGGAACGAGCAGUUUUGGGUUAUCGGCGGUGUUUCGGCUCAUCUCUUUGCUGUUAUUCAGGGGCUUCUCAAAAUCUUAGCUGGAAUCGACACGAAUUUUACGGUUACUUCAAAGGCAUCGGACGACGAGGAUUUUUCGGAGCUGUAUGCAUUCAAGUGGACAACGCUUCUCAUACCCCCGACAACCAUACUGGUUAUAAACUUGGUCGGCGUCGUGGCGGGGAUUUCCGACGCGAUAAACAACGGGUACCAGUCGUGGGGCCCGCUUUUCGGGAAGCUGUUCUUCGCGUUUUGGGUGAUUGUGCAUCUCUAUCCGUUCUUGAAAGGUCUCAUGGGCAGACAGAACCGAACGCCUACUAUUGUUGUGAUUUGGUCUGUGCUUUUGGCUUCGAUCUUCUCGUUGCUUUGGGUUCGGAUCGACCCUUUUAUAGUGAAAACCAAGGGUCCUGACACCAAACAAUGUGGGAUUAAUUGCUGAUCGAUAACCGAAAAAAAAGUGUGUACUAUAUGUGCAUUAUUUGAAGUUUGAGGAUCUGAUGAUGCAAGAAGAAAAAUAAAAUAAAGCAUGCAGCAGAAAUUUUGUGGAGCAGUGUGUGUGAUAUUCGAUUUUGUGAAUGACUGAAACAGAAUAUACCGAAAUGGAUACUCUUUUUUGCUGAUUGAUGGAGGCAAUGUAAUGAUUUAUUCGAUUUUUCUGUGCUUUUUUUUUUUAGUUUUUGAUCAAGCUUAUUACACGAGCAUCAAAAUAUUCCAACAUUUUUACGAUUU